CGCGGUCACACUAAAAGAACAAAAACAACAAAAACAAAGCGAAAUUUUGAAGAAUUGAAUUGAAUUUGUCGAAUUGGAAAGCUGCAAGCUGCAGAUUUGUGUGUAAACUUCAUGUGGACUUGGGUGAAGCGUUAUGGAGGCAACAGCUGCUAAAACAACCAUCCCCCCGGUCAGCGCCAGCUCCAGCACAACGUCCAGCGAAAAAAUGAACUACGCACUGCAAGUGGCACUGCAGACGAUCAAAGAGCGGUGCAUACAGCUGCAGCGAAGGGUGACCAGCAUGGAGGAGGAGAACCAGCGGCUGCGCGAGGCCAAUGCCAAGGGCUCCGGUGUUGUCCAGCCGGGCAGUGGCGGCGGCGAUUCGCUGUCCCUCCGCACACAGGUGGCCGAGCUGCAGCGCCAGAAGGAUCAGUUGGAGGAGCACAUCGGCAUGGUCUCGAACGAGAAUCGCAGACUGUGGUCGCGGCUGUCACAAAUCUCGAAGGAUCAGCAGCAACAGCAGCUGCUGCUGGCACAGGCGCCGGCAAAGGCCGAGGAUGCGUCACCCGACUCGCGUGCCAAUCAGAAUCUUAUUCGCUCCAAGACUUUCACACAGCACUCGCCAAAUCCGCACUUGCGCCAGAAGAUGAUCUCAGAUGGCCUGAGGGACAUCAGUCUCGAGGAGAUAGUGCUGGACGACUUUGGGGCCGGCGACGCCGAGAUGGGCUAUCCCUAUGGCCUGCCCGGGGAGGAGACAACGGCCAGCGAACCAGAUGCCAAUUUGGAUGCAAAACGUUGCAUGGAUGGGCUGCAGGAUCUGCGACGGGAGGCCAUGAAGCAGCAGCAGGAGCUGAGCUCUGCCCUCACGCUGCUAGAGACCCGUUUUGCACUGCAGCCCUGCCCGGAGUGCGCCCAGAAGGCUGCCAAGAAGCCAGAAAUGGCAGAUAAGAGCCUUGAAACCGAUGAGAGUCUCAACAACGAGCUCAAACUCUAUCACAGCGAGCACAAUGACACACUCAAGGGCCACAACGGGCACGCCUCCGCCCCUCCGUCUAGGAUCAACAUUAUUCAGGAGAAGCUAAAGGCCGACGCUGCCGACGCCAUGGAGAAGACAUGCCCCAUGUGCGGCAAGCAGUACUCCAGCCAGGUGUCGUUCAACGCGUUCCGCGAGCACGUGGAGAUGCAUUUCAUUGACGACGCCUUGGAGAUGGAGAUCGAUGGCAGUGUGGAGCGACAGUUCGAGUUCGUUUCGCAUACGGUGGGCGACUUCUGACCCAACAAACGUAUCUAUUUUGCCACUGAACUCUGACGAAUAGCCCAAUUCCCCCAAAAUGAUGAUUUAAAUUAGUGUUACAGUUUUAAAGCAAUAGGGUGCAUAGAACCGCGUGCUUCUCGUUUUUUCCCCUGAGGGCAUUGUUACGUUGCUAUUGUUUAAGCAAAUAGAAUAUAAAAAUCCAAAAUCAAAAUCAGUUGCAUUAAUUGAAUGCUCCUUUUAUAUACCUACAUAGAUAUAUUAACUAUAGUGCGUGUGUAUUUAGUUUUUAGUUACAGAAUACGGAAUGCUUACGGAUUAAAUGUAACCCCUUAAAAUGCUAAGCGACUUUCUACUGCCGCAGCAGCAAUCUUCUUGCGAUAUCGAAGAUUCACUCAUUCAUUCAGCAAUUAUUGAAAAGUGAAACUGAAAGACGCUUCUCCAGCUUUGUCCACCCAUAAUUGUGUGUCCAAUAUACAUAGACAUAGUAAUAAUGACAAAUGCUGGCCACCUCAUAGUCGUCCAUUGUUAUGCCUAAUUGGCGCCUCUUAUGCGCGUUUCCCAUUGGUUGCCACAGCAUUAUGGAUAUUACGAAAUGGUUAUCAAAGAAGUUAUUGCGCAAAAAAGUGUGGAUCUGAUGAGUCGUGACCAGCAAUCAAUCAGAUUUAGCAUGGGACGGACGUGGCCCUGAAAUGCUUGAAAAUUUUAUUUACAAAUGCAAAUUAUUGCAGCUACUUUCUUUAGUGUCACAACAGGUCAGAUUGCGUAUCGCGUUUAUUUUUUAUAAAAAAUAU